AUUCGAGUUCUUUUCAAAUUUCUUUUCAGACGCAAAUACCACACCACAGGAAGCAAAACAGCAACAGCAAAAUCGGCAACUACACCCACACCUGUAACACAUAAAAAUGCACAAACAUCAUCAGAGCGACCCAUGAGCAAGACAAGGUUGCUCUCUUUUGAAUACUACUAGCUAGCUACAGUAGUGGACACAAGACACAUCGCGUAGAAAGAAAGUGAGAAGAGUGCUAGCUAGUGACAUGAUUCGCCCUGACUUGCCGUUGGAGCAACAGCAUCCUCCUGCUCAUCACAGUCCUGCAGUGGCAGUAGCUAUUAGUGGCAAAGAGCAAGAAGAGACGAUCGAAGAAGACGACGACUAUGAUGUGCGUCUUGGUCACAGUCGAAUCGCGACGACCCUGUUGGAUGGUCACAUUCCCAAGAAGCGUCCUCGCAUGUCUACCUCGUUGGACAUUCGAGACGACCGACCUUUUUUUGUGUUUGAACACGAAUUCCCACAAUCAUCGAAUAAGAUGGAAAGCAGUAGUAGUCAACAACAACAACAUGAUGAUGAUGAUGAUUCCUCCUGUGGUUGGUCACUGAGGCCACUGGCACCGACUCCCAAUAGUAGUACCACGGCAGCUGAUCCACCCCAACAACAAGCACUCUUUGGCCACAAUAAUACUGACAACACAUGUAUGUGGACCAGCAAUCAUCACAGUAUGGAACGAUGGCGCUCCAUGUCCAGUUUCAGUAGUACCAUUACGGAACGAUCCACGGAACCACGAGAGACGUUGGAUGGCUCGUCGUCCGGCUCUUCGACACAACCACAGCCUGUCCUACAUGUAGAACAGCCUUUGGGAUACGCCAAUAAUUCACAACAACAACAUCAUACACCCACCAGCACUAAUACAGGUACCACCAGCACCACCAGCAGUCGCCGCAAAAAUAGAGCACCCCAACAACUCUCUUCCGACGUCGAACAAUUGACGGCUCGAUUGGAUCACUGGUGCAGCAUUAAUAAUACGCACAUGACGAGAGCUCUGCAACGACGCAAUAAUAUUUACACACCCGAGCAUCACAAAUCCGCAUUGUACAAUCCGCAGGAAGAAUACGAUUACAGCCAUUUCCGAUUGUCCAAACAAAUACGCAAAUUGCAAUGUCAAAAUGCCAAACAAGAGGUCAUGCGGGCCAUGAUUAUGAAACAACAACACGGCAUGGACGAAAAUACAUCGCCCAUGUCGUCGGCUGCUUCCAACGGUGGUCCUUCCACACCCACUAUUUCCAAUACCACCACGUUGUUUGCCAGUACAUCACCAACAGCAACAACAACUACAGACAAGGCGACAGCGGAUGUUGUCAUGGGGGACAACUAA